GGAAGGCAGGCAGGGAGGGAGGAGAGAGGAGAGAGGGUGUCCCGUCUGCACGGAGCUCAGACAGACAGCAGGGAACAGCUGCAGCAUUAGGUUCGCUUAGGAUUUCACUGCAUUGCGAUUUCAAAUAUCAAUCAUUUCAUCCCCCAAAACCCGAGUGGAGCAGCUCGACCAAGCGGCCCAAUAUCAUUUAAAACAUGGUUGAUCGCGAGCAGCUGGUGCAGAAAGCCAGGCUGGCUGAGCAGGCUGAGAGAUAUGAUGAUAUGGCAGCUGCUAUGAAAUCGGUAACAGAGCUGAAUGAGGCCCUGUCCAAUGAGGAGAGGAACCUCCUGUCUGUGGCCUACAAGAAUGUGGUGGGCGCCCGCCGCUCCUCCUGGAGGGUCAUCUCCAGCAUUGAGCAGAAGACCUCGGCCGACGGCAAUGAGAAGAAGAUUGAGAUGGUGCGGGCCUACCGGGAGAAGAUUGAGAAGGAGCUGGAGGCCGUGUGCCAGGACGUGCUCAACCUCCUGGACAACUUCCUGAUCAAGAACUGCAGCGAGACGCAGCACGAGAGCAAAGUGUUCUACCUGAAGAUGAAGGGCGACUACUACCGGUACCUGGCCGAAGUGGCCACAGGGGAGAAGAGGGCCACGGUGGUGGAGUCAUCGGAGAAGGCCUAUAACGAGGCUCACGAGAUCAGCAAGGAGCACAUGCAGCCCACCCACCCCAUCCGCCUGGGCUUGGCUCUCAACUACUCGGUGUUUUACUACGAGAUCCAGAACGCCCCAGAGCAGGCCUGUCAUCUGGCCAAGACCGCCUUCGACGACGCCAUCGCCGAGCUAGACACCCUGAACGAGGACUCCUACAAAGACUCCACUCUCAUCAUGCAGCUGCUCCGAGACAACUUGACACUGUGGACAAGUGACCAGCAGGAUGACGAGGGAGGGGAGGGCAACAAUUAAAGAGAAGCCACACUUCGAUUAAAAAAAAAAAUAUGAAGGGCCGGUGGACUUUGGCAGCCGCUUUUGCCGAUGAUACUACCGCAGCAGCAGUUCUUUAUUUUUCCAUGUGUUAAAAGAAUCAAAAGAGAGGUGAGAGUGGAGGUUAAAUCUUAGUUUAAAUAUAUAUAGAAAUAUAUAUACAGUUGAAAGGGGCCUCCGUCUUCUUGAUUUUCUCUUUGACAUUUGCCAAAACCACUGAUAUGUCAGUCAAUCAGCCUGAAGUGGUUGUUGUUGGAUUGAAAUGGCAGCCUCACACUGGCAUAGGAACUGGUCUUGUUCUGUCAAGAUAAGCUGCUUAGUUAGGUUUUUGCGUGAUAAGAGAUGCAUUUGAGUCACUUGAGAGAGAAAAUGCUUGAAUGGGAAUGCCUCACAAAACUAGUUUGCAUUGGUUCCAGUAGUUUAAAUACAAGAAAGGGCCUCAAAAGCCAAUUGGCGCUAGAGUUUCCAACUGGUAAAAAAAAAAAAUAGACCCCCCUCUAAAUUAAUAAUAAUAAUAAUAAAAAUGACGAUAAAUUUACACAGGAGUGAAAAAUAAAGACUCAGUACAUAAAAUUAACUCCCCGUCUUCUGUUUAAUGUGAAUUUGGCAUCUCGCAGUUUGGUCCGUUAUGUCACUGGAACCAUUGAUUCUUUUGGAGGUGAAGAUUAUUAAAGGCAGAGACUUAACGAUAUAUAAAACAAAAACAACAACAAAAAAAAAAGGACAAAAAAAUAAAAAGCAGCUUCAGAGUUUGUGGUUUACUUCUGUGUUUGUUUUAUUAAAUGCACUUGCCUACUAUACUGUUUCUUCAGUGUAAGAUGAUGACAACAAUAAUAUUCAAUAUUGUGCAUGCUGGUGAUGUAUUUAUAUACAGUAGCUUGACUUUAUUAACUUAUACUGUGGGUGUUAAGUAUUCAUAUGAUUGAGAAAAAACAGGCUUUGUCUGAUGCUGAUUUAUAAUUUAUUUCAUUUUGUUAUGUUUUUUUUUCUCCUUUUUUUAUUUGCUAUACCAAAAUGGUGAUCGUAGAAAUUGACCUGUAAUGGGCGUUGCUAUAGUGACAUGCAAUAUGUGUAUUUAAUUUGUUAAAGGAAAAAAAAAUGGAAGAUUAAAAAAAACAAAAAACAACAAAAAAAAAAAAUAACCACCACCAGUGAUCACUUAAUCUUACCAACUGGUGUUUGUCACAUUGAAGUAUGAUUAUGAUCUAUUUUGUUCUUUGAACAGUAUUUAAGUACCUUUUUCUGUCAUGCUAUCCAGUUUUAAUAAUGGUGAAGUUUCCAGGCUCAAUGUUUCUGUUAUGAAUUCACAAACAUGGACCAUAUUUUAUUUCUGACAGUAUACAUUUUAAUUUAAUUUUAUUUUUUUUGGUUUGUUUUUAUACCUUAUAGCUGUUCCUGAGUGACAAAAUAUCUUGAAUGUGAGUCAUUAUGUAGCAGUUGCACAAGAACCGAAAUAAUAGCUAUGAUAAUAAAAAAGAAUAUGACUAAAUUACACAUGCGCCAUUUCCGUGGUGGUCUAGUGUAUUGUUGUUAUCGUCACCCAUAAGUAAAUUUGUUUCUAAGGAGAACCAUUUCACUGAAGGAACGCUUUGUUUUUUUGUGCCCCGAGUACAGUGCGUGCUUUCUUUUUCGUGCCCGUUUUAUUUGAUAUGCCUCGUUUGCAAGUCGACCUUUAAAAGAAACCAAGAAUUUAUCUGCCAGUAUUUUAAGUUCCUGCGAGCAUGUGUGCAAGAUGUCAUGUUUUUCCUCACUGUUACACGUGUCCGCUGUGUGUACAGCACAUAGAUAUGAAUAAUCAACACCGACGCACACCAAUCGUGUCACAGGGGAGGCGUUUCAGAAGGUUAUUGAUAAGCAAAUAACACCUUCGGAACAAACUUUAGUCACAUAUAGGAAGCUGCUUAAAACCACGGGAAACUGCUGAAUGGAAUAAUCGUCAUAAUGCUGCUAGUUCUAUAGAUUAUUAAUAUAUUCAUACAGAUGAGGGGUUAUUUUUUCCUAAUAGAUGGCAAUUAUUGUUUUUUUUUUUUGAAGGGAAGGAUUUGCUUUUUUAUUUCAGAUGUGUUGGCUUAAGAGAAAAUAAACCAAAAGCCUUAAGGUCAGUCACACAACCUUGUAUGCCAAUUAUGUCACCACCAUGAGUCAGCCUCCAUGCGCUCACACUGUAUGUCACAGCUGCUUUGAUUUAUUUUUAACGUCGUAUAAAGUUGUCGUGAAGGCUCGGCAGAUUAAAUAGCAUGAAAUCCUCACACAGUUCAUGAAUAUUACAAGCCCUUCGCUUUGAUUUUGAUUUUUUUUUUUUUUUACGUUCUGUGACUUUAGAUGAGUGGAAGUUUUUCUUUUUGCUUGAAUGUUGUUGUUUGUUUUUUUGUUUUUUUUCUGAAAAAUCAUGUCAGGUGACUUUCACUCAUUGCCAAGAAUACAUACAUUUCUCUGUGCUUUGUGUUUUUAUUUUAAAGUUUUCAUUAUUUUGGAUGUGGAUCUUCUUGUUUCUGUGACAUGAAAAAAAAAAUAGAGAUUAGAAUUUGAUUUAAGAAACAAAAGAAGAAAGAGCUGACCUGCUGGAGAUGAAUGAGGGGUGGGGUUGAUAGCCGACUAUGGGAUAGAAACUUGUAUGCUCUGAGGAGUUUUUGGUUGCCAUCUGUUGCCCAUUAAAGUUAUUUGUUGAUCGUUA